AUGACAACACCCUCCACCCCUCCAUCUCGGAAUCACCCUAUGGACAACCUCGUCCAGCCUGUUAUCCCCUCCGGCCCACCACCUCCCCUGUCCCUCGCGGAUACACGCCUCAAAACACUUCGACUCCUCCUCCAAGGCUACAGCUCCCUCUCCGUACCUACUCUCCUUCAAUCCCUCAGUCCCCAGUUUACGCACGAGGUUCUCCCCCAAUCCCUGGGGAUGCCAGUGAGGGGCAAGGAGGACUUUGCUCAUCAUGCUGCCAUGGUUUUCUCAGCCUUCAAGAGCUUUGAGAUGAAGCCGACAGAGCUGUGGGAGGACCCGGACAAGGGAGAAGUGAUUUUGAGGUGUGCGAUGGAGGGGGUCUUGAAGAACAAGGAGGGGCCGGAGGGUGAGAAGGAGGAGAGUGGGGCAGAGGGGGACGGGAAAGUGGAGGUGGAGGCCAAGAAGAAGAAGGUCACUCCCUUCGUGGAUGUGGAAGACGAGUCCAACCCUGAUGAAGACCCUGAACUUGAGCCGGUGGACCUAAGUAAUAUCUUAGGAGACCUACCAGAGCUACCAGACAGACCAGCGACAGUCCUGAGUCCCAUCACGGAAGUCACCGAACCCUCACAAUUAUCUCCCCCCUCCUCCCUCGAUCUCUCCUUCAAUCCUUCCUCCCAGGAAGAACCAACAUCAUCACCCCCAACAUCAGAGGACUCGCCCCGCUCAUCGCCACCAGCCCCAGAAGAGCCCCUAGAAGAAGACCCAAAAACAUCCCCAUCCACAAACACCGAAAUUCACUGGAACAACGAAUGCCUCCUCAUCAUCUCCUUCACGCCUUGCGGUUCUCAAAUCUCCAAAAUCCAAGAAUUCGUCGACUCCGCCAAAGCAGUCGAGAUGAAGAAGAAACACGCCCCCAAGGGCUUCGACGAGGCUUCAGCGCCUCCACCACCAACUUACAAGCCCGCAACAUACCUCAACCUAGAUACUCUCAAACUCAAAGACGGAUCCGGGACUCUCACCAACGUGACAGUCACCGAGCUCCCACCAUCGGGAGUUCAAUGUGGCAUGGACAGCCUGCAAGACACGCUAGACACAUUCAGCACCACGACCGAGUACCCUUCCCCCGAGGGUCAGAACUCGUUCUGUCUUGACCGUGUGGGGGGAUGGCAUUCGACUGAAGGUGCAGAUGGUGCAGCAUAUGAAGCCAAAUUUGAAGCCGAAGUCGAAGCUGAAGUCGACCCCAACGUUAUUUGCCUAGCAAAGAGCGAGUCUAGAAAGAUCAAGAGGCUCCGGUUUGCCAAAAAUGGGUCAGGAUCAGGAGGUGGGUCUGAGUCUGGACAUUUUCAUUCUUCUUCGGGAUUUUGGGCGUCAGCGUCGGGUGAUCCAGUCGACGUCGACCACCACGAACAUGAUGAAAGUAGAGAGAAGAAGGGAUUGGGCUGGAGCAGCACCAUUGCUGAUACGAUCGAGGUUAUCAACCAUUUUGUUCCUCCCUUACUUGUUCCCGUUCAUUUUGUUGACGGGAAUACUACCUCUAGGCAUGUGGCUGUCAAGAAGGAGUGGGUUUCUGGAGCGACGUUCGUUGCGGGGUUCGCGUUGGGGAAACUUUGGUUUGGAGGAGGAAGGGGAGGGAGGUCCUGGUCGGGGUAA